AUGUCAAAACCAUUUGUUCUUCGUGUCCAAGCAUCUGAAGGUACAAAACGAAUUGAUCUUAAUUCUCAAGAUACUUUUAGAAGAAUCUAUGAAAAAGUUGCAGAAGUCUUUUCAUUACCAUCCGUUGAUGGUUUUACAUUGUAUAAAGAAAAAAAUAAACAAUCACCAUUACCUCGAAUGCAAAAUAAAAAUAAUUUUAAACAUGGUGAUAUGAUUUAUUUAGUUGCUGAACAUGAAAAUUUAUUUCCAACAACAGAAACAACUUCAUCACCACAUGUUGCACUUGAUUUUAAAGCUGAUACACCAACAAAUGGAAGUAGUUAUGCAUCACCAAGACUUGGAUCAUUUCAACCACAUAGUACUGGAAAAAUGAAUAUUAAUUCAGAUUUAAAAGAAGAUGAUGUUGAUGUACAAUUAGAUAAAUUAGAUGGAAGAAUACCAAGACAACGUGAUCCACAAUUAUGUCAUCAUAAUAUCCAUGGAAAAUGUAUACAUUGUAUACCAAUUGAACCAUAUGAUGAAGAAUUUUUAAAAAAUCGUAAUCCACCAAUUAAACAUAUGUCAUUUAGAGCGUAUAUUAGAAAAUUACAAAGUUCAUCACAUAGUGAUAGAAAUACAUUUGCCAGUCUAGAGAAUAUCAGUUGUUCGAUUAAAGAGAAAUGUUCUACAGGUCAUGCACCUUGGCCAAAAGGUGUUUGUACAAAGUGUCAACCUAAUCCAGUUACUCUUAUGCGUCAGCCUUAUCGUCACGUAGACAAUAUAAUGUUUGAGAAUGGAAAUAUGGUAAACCGUUUUUUAAAUUAUUGGCGUUCAUCAGGUCAUCAACGUAUUGGUUUUCUUUAUGGUCGUUAUGAAGUAUACGAUGGUGUACCACUUGGUGUUCGUGCAGUUGUUUCUGCUAUUUAUGAACCACCACAAGAAACAUCAAGAGAUGGUGUAAAAUUAAAUCUUCCUGAUCCUCAUGAAGCACUAAUUGAUGAUUUAGCACGUCGUCUUAAUAUUCGUCGUAUUGGAUGGAUUUUUACUGAUCUUGUACCAGAUGAAAGUAAAUCCGGUGGUGGUCCAGUUCUUCAUCAUCGUGGCAAUGUGAAUUCAUAUUUUCUAAGUGCACAAGAAUGUAUAAUGGCUGCUUGGUUUCAAAAUAAUCAUCCAAAUAUAUGCAAAUAUUCUCCUGACGGUUAUUUUGGUUCAAAAUUUGUUACUGUUGUUGUUACCGGUGAUGUAUCAGGUCAAAUUCAUUUUGAAGGUUAUCAAGUAUCAAAUCAAUGCAUGGCUUUAGUUAAAUCAAAAAUUUUAAUUCCAACAUAUGAUGCACCGGAAUUAGGUUUUAUUAGAGAAACAAGUUCAGAACAAUAUGUUCCAGAUGUUUAUUAUAAAGAAAAAGAUACAUAUAAUAAUGAAGUUAUGAAAAUAGCCCGUCCAUUACCACUUGAAUAUCUUAUUAUUGAUGUUCCAACAGGUUUUCCUUCGGCUGAUGCACAAAUACAAUCAACAUUUAAUGAUGAUUGUACAACUGUAAAAACACCAUUCUGUGUAGAAAAUCGAAUGCAAGUUGGAGAAUUACAAGAUAUGAAUGCCUUAGCAUCAUAUUUAAAACAAUUCUCAAAAACAGGUGCUGCUGGUGUAACAACAUCAAGUGCUAAUCAAUAUAAAGCAACAGAUAUUUUAGCUGAUAUUCAUUUAUUAAGAUAUUUAGCUGUUAAUGAUAUUAUAUCAUUUUCAAUGGAUCAACUCGAUCCAUUGCUUGAUUCUAUACGUACGAAUGAUUUUAAUGGUGUUGAAACGUGGAUGGAAGGUUCUGAUUGGCAAACAAUAGUUCAAGUUCUACAAACACAAACUCCUAGUUCACCAUCGGCAGGAAAUCGUCCAUCUUAUAUGGAUUAUGAAGAUCAAAAUGAUCUAUCAUCAUCAUUAUCACAAUGGAAUUGUCCACGAUGUACUUUUAUUAAUGCUGGAUCAUCUCGGACAUGUGAGAUAUGUUCAUGUGAGAAAGGUUCUUAG